AUGGCUUCAUCAAAUGAAUUGAAAUGGAGAAAUGCUCGUCCUGAUGAUAUGCAUCACCACUUACGUGAUGGCGAUAAUGCAUUGGCUUGUACUGUAUCACACGUGACAUCUCAAUUUGCACGCUGUAUUGUAAUGCCCAAUCUUGUUCCACCUGUAACGACGACGGAGCAAGCACUGGCCUAUCGAGAGCGUAUCAUGAACCAUGUACCACAGGAAAAACGUGAUCCCAAUAGCUCCAAUCCGUUUGUGCCUUUAAUGACGCUUUACAUGACAGACAGCACAUCAGCCGACGAAAUUCGUCGCGCAGCUGCUACCAAGAAAAUCUUUGCUGUCAAGCUGUAUCCAGCUGGAGCAACGACCAACUCGGACUCUGGUGUGACCAAUAUUGAUAAUAUCCAUUUGGCGUUAAACGCCAUGAGUGAAGUCGGCAUGCCUUUGUUGGUGCACGGUGAAGUCACUGAUCCAUCGGUCGAUCUGUUUGACCGUGAAGCUACUUUUGUCGAGCAAGUAAUCAAACCAUUGGUAGCCAAAUAUCCAAAACUAAAGGUUGUCAUGGAGCAUAUAACCACCAAGGAGGCGACUGAAUUCGUCUUGAACGCGUCAAAUAACGUCGCUGCUACUAUCACGCCACAGCACUUGAUUUACAACCGCAAUGCUAUUUUCCAAGGCGGAUUGCGUCCACACAAGUAUUGCCUCCCAGUACUAAAGCGUGAAACGCAUCGUCAGGCUCUGCUUCAAGCUAUCGCCACCGGAAGCAAGAAAUUCUUCCUAGGUACGGAUAGUGCCCCGCACGUGUCAUCCAAGAAAGAAUCUGGCUGCGGGUGCGCCGGCAUAUACUCAGCCCACGCUGCGCUUGAGCUGUAUGCCGAAACAUUCGAGUCCAUUGGUAAGCUGGAUCUCCUCCGUGCGUUUGCAUGCGAAAACGGCGCAGACUUUUACGGUCUUGAGCGCAACACCAUAGGCGAUACUGUCUUAAAGCAGGAGGAGUGGAAAGUGCCCGACCACUAUACGUUUGACAACGGGGUCGUCGUACCCCUCAAAGCUGGCGAGACUAUCCGCUGGAAGCUGGUGCAGUGA